UUUAAAGAUGCAAAAACUUUCAACCAAAUUAAAAAAGUGGUCGUUUCUGACAGUGUGACCGAUCGACACCAAUGGAAAAUAGUCUUAAUUAUUAAUCCGUUUAUACCUGGCAUUUUAAAAACGGGCACAUUUCGCAGCCAAAGUAGAUGCAACAGCCUCAAUAACAAAAUAAAAUUAAGGAAAUGGCCCACAAACGAUUGCUGCCAGUCUAUACCGACUUUCAGCGUUUAAAGAUACUCGAGGCCCUCAAUGAGAAAAAUAUAGCUCAAAUGCUUAACUACGACAUAACCAAAGCAAAGGCUUCGAAACUGCACGCAUGGAAAUCCCAAAACGGCCCAUUACAAGAACUCAGCGAUAUUUUCAAUGUUGAAGGAUUUGGUCUAAAGGCGGCGACAAAAUUCUUUGGCAGUCUUCUAGAGGCUUCGGCCAGAGGAAAAGGUGCCAGCUGCGCCAAGCUGAAAACAAAGCCGGUGCUAACGGGCUCUUUCAUUAGUCCAACGAUGGACGAAGAACAUCGUCUUCGGAUAGGAUCCAGCGUUGGCAUCCGCAUCGGAGUAUCUAGUGUCAGCUGGUCGCGUUUAGAAAUGGGAAAUAGCGAAUCCCAAUGCCAACUUACUCAUUGGCAUCACUACGAACUUAAUGAUAAGAAGCUACACCUAGUGGAGCUUGCACGACGAUGUUUAUACUUAGUCCACCAAAUCGAGCAAGCUGAUUGCUAUGUUAUGGAGAGUCCACAAAUGGCGCAGGCCGUCAAUAAUCCCGGCAGCAUAGAUCACCAGAACAUAAACAUUCAAAAGGCACAGGUGUCGGCUAUAAUUAGUUACGCCCUAAUGUUACGGGCUGGUGUUGAUAAUAACAUCAAUAACCUAUUUUUUAUGCGUCGUUUUCUUACAGCCCGCCUGUUUAAUCACCUUGUCGGCGCGGAGCGUGUUUCUUCUGAAGAUACAUUGUUAUCUAUGAUGAGGAACAAUGAAAAAAACUGUUCCUCAGAGAUUCCGCCUAACAAAUUCAUUGAUGCUAAAGUUGAAUUCCCUAAGAAACUGUGCAAAAUGUUUGAGCAGCAACAGAGAUACCAAAGAGAGCUGCUGGGUCAGGCCUUUCUUCUUAAUUUGGCCUUUGCACGUCUGGUUCUAUUUCAGGAUCCAAAAGCCAUUUCAUCUGUUUCCCGCUACUCAAAGGGUUCCGCACAUGCUGAAUCAACUUCCGAGACCAAUAUUUCAUAAUUUUUUUAUUUUAUGUAAAAUAAUAUUUCAAUGGAGAAAGAUGAAGCUAAUGCAUACAAAUAGGCCGUGUCAAUUUUUUUCACUAUAGGCAUCUAUAAAAAUAGAGGUAUACAAAUUUUUGUAGACUUGUCUCAGAAUUGAAGAGUUUUUAUUUCCUUUACUCCUGGAGUACAAGUGUAUGUGUUCGUUGUAUUCGUACAGCGAGAAGCAACAAUCUUCGAUGAUCAUGCUGAUCAAGUAUAUACAGACGCGUUGAUAUAGUCAUGUUUGUCUGUACAGCUGUCCGAGUCCGAUACUAGUUGUAGAAGCUGUCGAAAAUAUAAUAGUUUCAGAGAAAAACCGGGAAACAUUCAAAUUUAACGGCUUUUACAAAUACUAAACCUGGUCACAUUACCUGUAUUUCUAUCCUCAAUAACAAUAAUAAAGUUGGGUUCAGUUAAACGGCA